GGAUGUUAAAUCUGUUCUCCGGGUUCUCUGACCCACACUGAGGGAGUCUGAGGGUGUAGACUAGAGCACGAGGAUGUAUUUAGCAGAUUUGGGCUUUGUUCUUUGGUGCAGGUCAGAAUUCAUCCUUCUGUGUGAUGUGAACAUCUUGACAUGUCUGUGCAUGGUGUUUACGUGCUGCAAUUCUGCCACGUGCAUGCCAUGAAUGUUAAGGUGUUCCUAAUAAAGUGGCCGGUGAGUGUAUACACGAAUAUCUUACGCUCUAUUUGUAUUUUUUCCCCCUUUUUCUUAGGUAACAUAUUAAGGCAUGCAUAAAAAAUGCCAUAUAUGCCGUUUACGGUUAAUUAAGCGCUCGUGUUUAUAUCAUACUUCAGUAUCACGCGCAUUGAUGACGCGCGCGGGCGCGUCUGUGUUCGCGCGUGUUUAUUGUUAUUAAUUAAUUUAUUUGCUCUCGUGUCUUACGUCACACCCACACACCCACACAGAAGGGUGUCUUCUGUAAGACCGUAACACUUAGCACACAGAAGAGUGACGUGUUUCACGCCCGGCCGUAGCACGUGUACAGGGGCGCGUUCACGUGUCGGGGACGCGCGGACACGAGAGCGAGCGCAGGUGGAGAAUGUGAGCGGUGUUUCUGCGGCUCUAUACAGCCAUGGAGCUGGAGGUAGAAUCCGCUGAUGUGAUACGGCUGAUCAUGCAGUACCUGAAGGAGAACAAUCUGCCGCGCACUCUGGCCACGCUGCAGGAGGAGAGCACGGUGGCGCUGCACACAGUCGACAGCAUCGAGAGCUUCACGGAGGACGUGAACGCCGGCCGGUGGGACGCAGUGCUGAGAGCCAUCCAACACCUCAAACUACCCGACGGGCUGCUCAUAGACCUGUACGAACAGGUGGUACUGGAACUGAUCGAGUUGAAAGAACUCGGAGCCGCUGGUUGUUUAUUGACUCAGACGGACCCCCUGAUCAUGCUGAAACACACUCAGCCCGAACGAUACGCCAAGCUGGAAGCUCUGCUCACGAACACGCACUUCGACCCGAAUGAGGUUUACCCAGAAGGCAGCAGCAAGGAGAAGCGCAGGUCGUCUAUAGCUCAGGCGCUGGUUGGAGAAGUCAGUGUGGUUCCUCCCUCUCGCCUCAUGGCUCUGCUCGGACAGGGUCGUUUAUGCGAGAGCGCGCUGUACAGGUUACAGGAGACCAAAGCGCUGAGGCAGUUCGGAUCAUUAGCCAUGUUGUCUCUGAAGUGGCAGCAGCACCAGGGUCUCCUCCCCGCCGGGAUGUCCAUAGAUCUGUUCCGGGGGAAAACCAUGAUGAAGGACCUGGAGGAAGAGCGCUUCCCCACCCAGCUCAGCCACCUUCUGAAGUUUGGUCCGAAGUCGCAUGUAGAGUGUGCUCGGUUCAGUCCGGAUGGUCAGUAUCUGAUUACAGGAUCAGUGGAUGGAUUUAUCGAGGUUUGGGAUUUCACUACGGGGAAAAUCUGCAAGGAUUUAAAGUACCAAGCUCAGGAUAACUUCAUGAUGAUGGAUGAGGCGGUGCUCUGCCUGGUGGUGAGUCACGACAGUGAGAUGGUGGUGUCCGGAGCUCAGGACGGAAAAAUACAGCUGUGGAGGAUUCGUAACGGUCAGUGUCUGCGCAAAUUCGAGCGCGCCCACAGCAAAGCUGUCACCUGCCUCUGCUUCAGCAGAGACAACAGUCAGCUCCUCAGUGGCUCCUUCGACCAGAUCAUCAGACUUCAUGGACUGAAAUCAGGAAAGAUGCUGAAGGAGUUCCAAGGUCACACUUCCUGCAUAAACGACGUCAUCUUCUCACACAACGGCCAGUUUGCCAUUAGCGCCUCAGCAGAUGGCACAGUGAAGAUCUGGAACGUGAACACGGCAGAAUGCACCAUCACCAUCAAAACUCCUGACGUUCCAGAAGGAUCCGACAUCACAGUUAACAGUGUUGUUCUGGUGCCCAAGAACCCGGAGCACUUUGUGGUGUGUAACAGGACCAGCACAGUGGUUGUCAUGAACGUCCAGGGCCAGGUACUGAGGAGUUUUAGCUCAGGAGUGAGAGAGGGAGGAGACUUUGUGUGUUGUACACUGUCUCCUCGCGGAGAGUGGAUCUACUGCGUGGGAGAGGACUAUGUGCUUUACUCGUUCAGCACCAUCACUGGAAAGCUGGAGAGAACUCUGACGGUGCACGAGAAAGACGUGAUUGGCAUAACCCACCACCCUCAUCAGAACCUGAUCGCCACCUACAGCGAGGACGGCCUGCUGAAGCUCUGGAAACCGUGAACGUAACGCAGAAAACCCAACCGCGCAUCAGAUGAACGCUACAGUCGUCAUUCGUGCUGAUGCUGUGGUACGUCUGUACAUCGAGAUGUUUGGAGUCAUGCGUCGGUUUUCAGGUUUGAAAGUCUUCCAUUCCAGAGACGAUGAAGAUCAUUACAAACUUAAUCUUCACUUGUAAUAUGUCUGAGUAACACUGAUCUAAUCUCUGUAACGUUAAAAAAAAAAAGAAGUGAGAUUUCUUUAAAUGUUGUAAGAAAAUCACGAUCAUAACGUUUCUGAAUUGCAUGAAACUGAAAGCUAU